CGGCCUGGCUCCUCCUCCCUCCCCUCCGCUGCGCCGCGACUCAGACCCCGCCGUGCCGGAACGCAGGCGAGCGCGAUGGCCCGCGAGGAGCUGGCGGUGGCCGGCGAGGAGGCGGCGGCGGCCGAGGGGGGCGGCCUGCUGCUGGAGAUUGUGAGCUCCCCGCUCAACCUGACCCUGCUGAGCCUCUGCCUCUUCCUGCUCUACCGGAUCCUGCGGGGCGAGCAGCCCGCGGCGCAGGCGGGCGAGGCGGACCCGCCGCCGCUGCCCAAGAUGAAGCGCCGUGACUUCACGCUGGAGCAGCUGCGGCUCUACGAUGGGGUGCGCGACCCCCGCAUCCUCAUGGCCAUCAACGGCAAAGUGUUCGACGUGACCCGCGCCAGGAAGUUCUACGGGCCCGAGGGCCCAUAUGGGAUUUUUGCUGGAAGAGAUGCAUCCCGAGGUCUCGCCACUUUCUGCCUGGAUAAGGAGGCUCUGAGAGAUGACUAUGAUGACCUCUCUGAUCUCGACGCUACACAGCAAGAGACCUUGAGGGACUGGGAGUCACAAUUCACUUUUAAGUAUCACCAUGUUGGUAACCUGCUGAAGGAGGGGGAAGAACCCACUGUAUACUCUGAUGAAGAAGAGAAAGAUGCCAAGGAUGCAAAGAAAGACUAGAAAGUGCAGUGAGGAACAAUCUGGUUUUGAAUUGUAAAGGAUCAUUUGUAACAUUCCACUUCUUUUUAUAAGUUGCAACAGCAGCAGUGCUUACAAAAGGUCCAGAGUUACACUGAGUUGCUUCUGUUCAAAGGUUUUCUUUUCAAAUUCAGUGGCAAACCACUAAAGGUCUAAGAUUUGUCUUCCUUUAAACCUGCAUAUCUGAAGUAUGCACAAAAAUGUCUGUUGAUAAAGUAAAUUUUGGCAAUAAAGGACUACUCCUGUUUUUCCUCUAUCACCAUUUAGCACAGAGUAAGCUGAAAUCCAGAUUUAAAUUCAGAACCUAGCACUGCAGACACAAGCACGAGAGUAACUUCACAUAUGCAACACAAAUUCCACUAACUCUUGUUUCACAUUAAUUCUGUGGGAUCUGGGUCUUGGAUUGUAAUUCCUUUAGAAAAAAGGACUAUAUUUUGUUUGUCCAUGAAGCAUCAUGCUCAUUUGUUGUGCAAUGUAAUUCAAUAUUUUGAUAUUUGAUAAGAUAAUUUGGCUUUUAAGGAGUUACACGGCAGCUUACAGAAGGAACUGCUUUUAAAAAAGGUAAGAAUGUUUGAGAGGUUAAAUCACUUCUAGAUACUUUUAAUUAAUACUGAUGAAUACUUGAUGUAUUCAGUCAUGCAUAAUGAUGCAUGGAUUAAUACUUUUAAAGCACAUCUGAAGUGUUACGAAGGUUUAAGAUACCAGGUGUAACUAGAAAUCACUAAAAACCAGGUACAUCAUGAAGUGUGACUCAACUGGACUAUUCAUUUAUUUUUCCUCUUACUAAAACUCUUCUGUGAAUUUUAAUGAAAUGGUAUUAAACAGGAAAGAUAAGCUGCAGUUGAUUCCUAGGCCUAAAAAAGGCAACUUGCUGGUAUGGUGUGAUUAACAAGUGCCCUUGUACAUGCAGCUUUAACCAGCAGCAAAAUGUUCCUGUUCAACAUAUGAGUUUCCUGUACAAAAUAAAACAUGGUAUAAGCUGUUUCAGCAUUGAGGCCUUUGUUGCUGUGGAAUGUUGCCAUUAAAAGAAGCAGCACAAUCUCCUGCAAUGCUGUACCUGCGGGACCUGACCUUUGAAUUGCUUUAAACUUACUUGCUCUCUUAGCUCACAUCUCUGCUUAAUUACUAGGUUUGUUCCGACUAUCUAACCUAGUCUCCUCCCAGAGCAUGCUGGGUAAAUGGAUUUGACCAAGGGAAGAUGUAAACAUGCUUCAUCAUCAUCAUCAUCAGGUUCAAAACUGACCACUCAUCCACUCAUGUGUUUCUUGUCCAGGUGAUUCUGCUUAGAUGUCUGUCUGGGGUAGUUCUCUCUGUUUAGUUUCUUUGGUUCCGCUGUCUGGCCAAGCUGUUUCAGUUUCACAGCAUGGCCAAAAUGAUAAACUGAGUCCGGAGUGGGAAGGUGUAAACUAGGCAAAACUGUUUGGAAGUAGAGUGCAUUGCACAACAGCAACUUUCAUAAACAAGUUGACACAACAUGCUAAAGUGCCCAAGACCAUCUGUGGUGAGAGCAACCAACUUUCCCUUAGUCCUACCACUACCAUGGCAUUUUCUUUGGGUUACACUGGGCCUUCAACUGAAGAGUGCUGUCAUUUGAGCCAGGCGGCUUGCGUAAGUGGUAAUUGCAUGAACUACCCAGGGGAGGUCUAGAGACUAAUGUAAAUUUUGCCAUGACCCUUGUGUUGAGAUUUUCUUUUUAGAGACAUUUAUACUCCUUGCAAACUACUAACGGUUUACCUCAGAUCAGUAACGUGCUUUUAUUUAAGGCAGGAAAUAAAAUACUCUUGCAUAA